AGUUUCCUAGCCUUCCUUCUCUUCUUCAUUUGUCCCUGCACUUAAAUUCCCUAACUUGUCGUGCAUGGUGAGCACAGAGAAAGCUUCCUGGCUUCCUUUUUAUCAUACGUUUACAUAUAUAUAUUGGUGCAGUAUCUCUCAAGCCAGUGUUUCGUUUCCUAGCGAACGAGACAACAUCCUCACAUAAUUAAACGUCGUCGAAACCCGAAUCGAAGGAGAAUUUGUCUCUCCAUGCAAAAGGAGAAGGAAUCAAGCAAAGAGGGGAAGGGGAGGGAGAGGGAGAUGGAGAUGGAAAGGUGUGGAGAAAAAGAGGAAAUCCUUCCACCGGGAUUUCGAUUCCAUCCUUCAGAUGAAGAGCUCAUCACUCACUAUCUCAUAAACAAGAUCUCUGAUUCUAGCUUUACAGGAAGAGCAAUUGGUGAUGUGGAUCUCAACAAAUGCGAGCCUUGGGAGCUCCCAGGGAAGGCGAAGAUGGGAGAGAAGGAAUGGUACUUCUUCAGUCUGAGAGAUCGGAAGUACCCGACUGGUGUGAGAACGAAUCGAGCAACGAACACAGGCUACUGGAAAACCACAGGCAAAGACAAGGAAAUCGUCAACGCCGCCACAUCGGAGCUCCUGGGCAUGAAGAAGACUUUGGUCUUCUACAAAGGCAGAGCCCCAAGAGGCGAGAAAACCAACUGGGUCAUGCACGAAUACCGCAUUCACUCUAAAACCAACAAGCAAGAUGAAUGGGUGGUAUGCCGAGUGUUUCAGAAGAGUGGGAGCGUGGUAAAGAAGUUCCCUUCGAACCAUGCAAGAGGACUGAAUCCUUAUGGCCUGGACAUAGCAGGUUUUACUGGUGGUCCUGGUGCGAGUAUUAAUAUGCCACCAUCGGUGAUGAAUAUGAUGCACCUUGGAGAUCCAGCAGCUCAUUUCCUUUACGGAAGGAACAAUAAUAAUUACAUGAUGGGUAAUUCUGUACCAAGCAAUAAUACUAGUCUGAACCUACCAAUGCAAUCCCAUCAGUUCAACAACUAUCCCGUUACAGCAUCAGGAGGGUUCAGUAUCUCAGGACUCAAUUUGAAUCUGGGAAACGCAUCAGUAGUUGCAGAGGGAGGAACACCCACCUCACAACCCUUUUUGCGACCAUUCAGUAACCAACACGAUUUGUUGACUUCUAACAACGUUGUCACACCUGUCACUUCUGUCGCUGCAGACAACCUGGGGGGCUAUGGUAUGGACAUGAACAACGUUAAUCCUCAGACUCAGAGUACUAGGUAUAUGGGCAUGGCAGAUCACUGUGUGGAUCUCGAUGCUUACUGGCCUUCCUACUGAUAAACCAGAAGGAGAACGAAGACAAUAGCACACCACCUUCUUUUUAGGUUAUUAUUAUAUUUACUAGAUAUGGUAAUAUAAUGCAGAGAGAAUAUAAUUGAACUUUAGUUGGAUCAGCUACCCUCAUAAACGUACGCUUUGCUUACUCUAGUGUUCUGUUUAAGUUUCUUGUGUGGGUAAUUUCAAUAUAUCGCCCAGCAAGCCAAGUCUUGUAUUCCUUCAGAAUCAAGCAACUUCUCCAAUAAUGUUUUGCUUUA